UUACUUUUGAAUGAAUAAAAUCGUACGUGCGAUAUUGUGUGAACGUUGCAAACAUUACCUAUAUAGUUAUCAAUUUAAUUAAUACCUAACUGUCAAUUAGUCGCGAAUUCGCAAUCGAGCUACUUCGUUGUUAAUCGUUAUUAAUAUUAUUUUGAAUUUUAAGCGUGAUGUGGACUUGUCGAGCAACUCAGUGAUUAUGUUUGUCGACGAUCUGGUAAAAGAGUUUUACGACGUUGUCUCAAAAAAUAAAAUUUUAAUUUUAGUAAAUUAUGACGUGGAUGCAAUUUGUGCUGCAAAAAUAUUUCAAUAUAUAUUACGUUUUGAUAAUGUAGUUUAUGUACUUGUGCCUGUCAAAACUACUACUGAAUUAAAAAAAACUUAUGAGGAACAAAAAGCAGAAGUAAAGCAUAUAGUGUUAAUUAACUGUGGUGGUUCAUUAGAUAUAGUAGACAUUUUAGAACCAGAGGAAGAUAUAAUUUUUUUUAUUACUGAUAGUCAUAGACCUACAGAUAUCUGCAAUGUAUAUAGUAGUUCACAAAUAAGAAUUCUCACUACUCCUGAAGGAGAUGAAAAAAUACCUGAGUUUGAUGAUAUAUUUAUUGAUGAAGAGUCAUCUGAAGAAGAUUCUAAUUCUGAUGAUCUAAACAAUGACUCAAAUAAUGAUUCUAUUGAGAAACGUCAAAACAAAAGAAGAACGCUUCAACAAAAUGCAUUCAUAAAAAGAAAAGAAAGAAGAAAUUGGGAAGAAAAAAGAAAAAAGCUUUUAUUUGAUUACACUCAAUUUUCAUAUUAUGGAAGAUCUAGUGCUAUAUUAAUGUAUGAUCUUGCUUGGAAAUUACAUAGAGAAUCUGUUGAUAUAUUGUGGUGGGGUAUUAUUGGUGUAACUGAGCAAUACAUUUUUGGUAAAACUGAAAAUAUGCGUUAUUUAAAAGAAGUUGAGUUAAUUGGUGAUCAUAUUGGUCGUAUUUGUGAACCUAUUAUUAAUUAUAGUGAUUUGAAUUCUAUAUCACAAACUGUAUCUUCAAACGAUACUUCAAAUUUAAGAAUUGAAUCUGAAAAAGAUUUAUUAUUAGCUUUAUACAGACAUUGGACAAUUGAAUCAAGCCUUCGAUAUUCUAUGUUUACAGCUGUAUCUUUAAAACUUUGGACUGUAAAAGGAGAGAAAAGAUUAAAACAAAUUUUAGCUGAGAUGGGGUUACCUUUAUCGGAAAGUCGUCAAAUGUACCAUUCUAUGGAUUUAAAUUUGCGAAAACAAUUUUUUGGGAUGAUGGAAAAAAUGUCUAACACUCAUAAUUUGUUACACUUGACUUAUCCUUCAUUUAUAUUACAUCAAGGUUUUAAAACCCGGUAUCAAAGUUCUGAUUAUGUUUAUUCAAUGAUUGCUACUUUAGAAAGUAAUAUUCAUGGAAAUUCAUCUACUGAGUGUUUUUAUAAUACAAUGGAUUCAUUGUCUCGAUCCAAAAAAAAUUUAUUGGAUGAAGGAAUAGAAAGAGCCAAAUGGAUAUUAACUAAUAUGUUUAAACACAUACAGGCAGCAUUGGAUAUGAGACAAGUGAUAUUAGCUGGUCCAUUUUAUUAUUUAAUUGUUCAAGAGGGUACAUUAAAUUCACAGCAUUAUUCCAAUCCUCAACUAUUAAUUAUGUUAGCUACAUUUGCAUUGCGGGCUCAAGUUGCAUCAUCAUAUAAAAAUAAAAACACUCGUUUACCAUUAAUUGCUUCAGCAGUUCUUGAUUCAGACAAAGAUACUUGUAUUAUAGUUGGUAUUCCUCCUAUAACAGAAUCAUUACCUAGAAGUUUUUUUGGAAAAGCAUUUGAACAAGUAGCCAAUAAAACGAAUAUAGAUAUUUCAUUAGAUUACUUUGAUUCAUCUAUUGCUUCAAUGCAAAUUAAAGAUCGGCCAACAUUUUUUGAUGCAUUAACAGCAUUACUUAGUUGACAGUUUAUAUUUAUAAAAUUAUAAUUGAAUCAUCAAUAGCAAGUAUCAUAAUAAAU